UGCGAACUUCAUACGUGCAGCUAACUUCAUAAUAUUGUUCGAUCAUCGGUCAAGCGGUUGAAUAUUUCGUAAUUAGACAAUAUUUUUAAAGCUGUGCCAAUAAUUAUUACUAUUUAGUGUUCGUUUAUCCAUUAUAUUUAGUAGGAAACCGUUUAUUCGGUAGGAUAUAAUCGCGAACGUGCAUAUGCUUUGUUGUGAGAACCACCUUUAUCUGCUGUCAUUUUGAGCUAUGCAACACAAUUUUUUCGACUUUUCGAUAAUGAAAUAUAACUUAGCGGUGGAAUAGUGCGUCUCGGACAAAACAAACGGGCAGUGGUCUCCGAAGGUCGUGUACUCGUCGAGGGUUCGCGAUGUGGCAUCAGUGGGUGGUGUGAUCUGGAGAAUGUGCGGUGGCGUUUAGUGCGUGAAGACGUGAGAAAGGGUGUCAGUAUGGAGGUAGUGGUGAAGGACGAGGAGCGCAUGCGGCGGCUCCGCGCGUUGGAGGAGCGGCUGUGCGACCCGCGGUCGCCGGGCAACGUGGACUCGUUGCUGGACACGGUCGCGGCGCUGGUCUCCGACUGCGACCACCCGGCCAUACGCCGCAUGAAGAACGUAGAGGCCUACACUAGCAGAUAUGAAGAGUUUGCAUCUGAAAUUGUUGAUCUUCGUAUGAAGGCAGCAGAUUUUGACCUGAUAAAAGUGAUAGGUCGGGGAGCAUUCGGGGAAGUGCAACUAGUCAGACACAAGUCCACACGUCACGUGUACGCCAUGAAGCUGCUGAGCAAAGUAGAGAUGAUCAAAAGGUCAGACUCCACCUUCUUUUGGGAGGAGAGACACAUAAUGGCACACGCUAACUCUGAAUGGAUUCUCAAAUUACAUUUUGCCUUCCAAGACCACAAGUAUCUUUACAUGGUAAUGGAUUACAUGCCCGGUGGUGAUCUUGUUAGUCUCAUGUCUAAUUAUGAUAUACCUGAGAAGUGGGCCAAGUUUUAUACAAUGGAAAUAGUGCUGGCGUUAGAUGUAAUCCAUAACAUGGGGUUUGUUCACCGAGAUGUUAAGCCGGAUAACAUGCUAAUUGACAAGUAUGGCCACUUGAAGUUAGCAGAUUUUGGCACCUGCAUGAGAAUGGGCCCAGACGGGCUGGUGAGGGCUAGCAACGCUGUAGGGACUCCAGAUUAUAUUUCUCCUGAGGUUUUACAGUCCCAAAAUGGAGAAGGAGUGUAUGGCCGUGAAUGUGAUUGGUGGGCUGUGGGUAUAUUUUUGUAUGAAAUGUUAAUUGGGGAUCCACCCUUUUAUGCUGAGAGCUUAGUAGGAACUUAUGGAAAAAUUAUGGAUCACAGGAACUCUUUACAGUUUCCUGAUGAUGUAGAAAUAUCUAAAGAGGCCAAGUCUCUUAUAAGAGGGCUGCUCACAGACAGAGUUAGAAGAUUAGGUAAGAAUAGUGUUGAUGAAAUCAAGCAACACCCAUUCUUUUACAAUGAACAGUGGAGCUUUGAUAAUCUCAGAGACUCCGUGCCACCUGUAGUCCCUGAGCUGUCCAGUGAUGAUGACACUAAAAAUUUUGAUGAAAUUGAAAAAUCUGAUGCAUUAGAUGAAUCUUUUCCUGUGCCAAAAGCAUUUGUUGGCAACCAUUUACCCUUUGUGGGCUUCACUUACAAUGGGGAUUACCAACUGUGUGGUCGUAGAAACCAGCACACAGAUGUUGUAGACACAAUCUCAACCAAUCAUAUCAACAAUGUAGGCUCUGAAGCAAUUUUGCAGCUAGAAAAACUUUUAGAACGAGAGAGGGAUGGCAGACGUAAACUUGAGGAUAGACAAGUGAGUCUUUGCGCUCAGUUGGAAGAACUGUCUCAGAGAGAAUCUAGGAGUAAAAAAUUAAUAGCAGACACUGACAAAGAGUUGGCAUUACUCCGACAUGACCUUAAGGAAAUUCAGCGCAAGGCAGAGAUUGAAGCAGAGUCAAGAAGGAAAGCAGAAAUGAACUACAGUGAAGCCAAAAGACGACUCGAGGAAGAACAGAACAAGAGAGCAAAAGAAAUGAGCAACCUGCAAAAUUACAAUGAUAAAAUCAACACCCUAGAAAAGCAGUUGACGGAAUUACGCGAGAAACUAAAGCAGGAGUCGGAGGCGGCGGCUAAGGCGCGGAAACAGGCGGCGGAGAUGACGGCCGCGCAGGCCGCCGCCGCCGCCGUCAGCGACGGGACAACGGCACGUCUGCGCGCGCAGCGGGACUCGCUCGAGCGCGAGCGGGCGACGUUAGCCGACGAGCUGGCCGCCGCGAAGGCCGGCAAGCAGCGCGCCGAGGCCGCCGUGGCCGAGGCGGGCGGCCGGCUCAGCGCUGCGCACGCCGAGCUCGAGCGCUCGGCCGCGCGGCUGGGGCAGGUGGCCAACGACAACCGCCAGCUGACGGAGCGCGUGUCACAGCUGGAGAAAGAGUGCGCGUCGCUGGCGCACGAGCGCUCCGCCGCGCACCACCUGUACCAGCAGGAGCUCCGCGCCCACCAGGACACGCAACGCUCGCAGCUGCUUUCCAAGCAGGAAGCCAACCUCGAGCUAGUCAAAGCGCUGCAAGCUAAGCUGAACGAGGAGAAGGCGGGGCGGCAGCGCGCCGAGGCCACGUGCCAAGAGAAGGACCGCCAGAUGUCCAUGCUCAACGUCGACUACCGCCAGAUGCAGCAGCGCCUGCAGAAGCUGGAGGGCGAGCAUCGACAGGAAAGCGAAAAGGUGGUGGGUCUGCAAGCGGCCCUCGAGCAGGAGCGCGCCGCGCGCUGCGCCGGCGCCGGCGAGACGGCCGCGGCCGAGGCCGCCGCGCGCGCCGCCGCCGCCGAGCGCGACGCGCGCGCGAGGGACCUGCACAACGUGCGCCAGGCCCUGCACACCGCCUCGGAGAAGCUGGCCGCUGCGAGCGCUGAACGAGACAUGUACUACACUAGGAGCGAGGAGCUGCGGUCGCAACUGGAGAACGAGCAACACUUCAGCCACGUGUACCGCGCGCAGGUCGGCGAGGUGCGCGCGCAGCUCGACGAGAGCGCACGCGCCGCGCGCGACCUCGAGCAGGAGCGCUCCAGCCUCAUGCACCAGCUGCAGCUGGCUAUAGCGCGCGCCGACUCCGAGGCCAUCGCCAGAUCGAUAGCAGAGGAGACCGUAGGCGAGCUCGAAAAGGAAAAGACCAUGAAAGAGCUGGAGAUGCGCGACGCUCUAGCCACGCACCGCAGCGAACUAGCGGCGAGGGAUUCCCUCGUGCAAGGCCUGCGCGACCGCGAGCAUGAGAACCGCGCCACCAUCGACCUGCAACGGAAGGAGGUAGACGAGUUGCGGCGCAGCGGCACGGCGCUGGCCGAGCGUGUGGCGGGCUUGCAGCGGCUACAGGAGGAGGUGGAGCGGCUCAACAAGAAGCUCAACUCCGAGAUCAUGCUCAAGCAGCAAGCCGUCAACAAGCUCGCCGAGAUCAUGAACAGGAAAGACAUGAACCCGGCCGUGACAAAGAACAAGAGCAAGAUGUCUGUGCGCAAGGACAAAGACUACCGCAAGCUGCAACAAGAGCUCACCCGCGAGAAGGACAAGUUCGACCAGCAGGUCGCCAAGAUGCAGCGCGACCUGCAGGACACGCAGCAGCAGCUGCUAGAGGAGCAGCAGACCCGGCUGAAGCUCGCCAUGGAGGUCGACAGCAAAGACGUAGAAAUCGAGCAGCUAAAGGAGAAACUCGCGGCGCUGACCAGCGAAACAGCAUCCCAAUCCUCCGCCGACGCAGAAGACGGGGAGACGGAACAGACCCUCGAAGGCUGGCUCUCCGUGCCGAUCAAACAGAAUAUACGGCGCCACGGCUGGCGCAAGCAAUAUGUGGUGGUGUCCUCGAAGAAGAUCAUCUUUUAUAACUCGGAGAGUGAUAAGCAGAAUACUACGGAUCCUGUCAUGAUCUUGGAUUUGAGCAAAGUGUUCCACGUACGGUCGGUGACACAAGGCGACGUGAUACGCGCAGACGCCAAGGACAUCCCGCGGAUAUUCCAACUGCUGUACGCCGGCGAGGGCGAGGCCCGGCGGCCGCAGGACGCGCUCGACCAGCCGCAGGACCAGACCGACCAGCAUGGCAAUACGGUGCAGCACAAGGGGCACGACCUGGUCAGCAUCACGUACCACAUCCCGACGGCGUGCGAGGUGUGCACGCGCCCGCUGUGGCACAUGUUCCGUCCGCCGCAGGCCUACGAGUGUCGCCGAUGCCGCAUGAAGAUCCACGCGGAGCACGUGUCGGAGGCGGAGUCGGUGGCGGCGUGCAAGCUGCACGCGGACCGCGCGCGCGAGCUGCUGCUGCUGGCGCCCGGCGCGCCCGACCAGCGGCGCUGGGUGGCGCGCCUGGCCCGCCGCGUGCAGCGCUACGGGUACCGCGCCGCGCACACCAACCACGACCACACCAAGCUCUCGCCCAGAGACUCGAUGCGCUCCAACCUGAAGAUAUCGUACAUGAACGCGAGCCAGCGCAGCUCCACGCUGCCCGCCAACGCGUCGCUGCCGCGCCAGUAGCGCCCCCUGUGCUCGCGAACGUACACUAACGAUGGAAACAUGUUGGGAUCCCACUUUCGUUCAUCACCCAUCGGUUUGUACUAACAUUAUAUUUUCGUAGACGUCAUUUGUUUUAAAUGUGAUCGGUUCUCGUCCGCUCGACGGCGUUAUAUUUUGUUACGAUAUUUUACGAUGAAUCUAUUGAAAAUUUGUUUUUGUAACUUAUUCAGUGAUUUAUAUAAUAAGCUAGUCUCAUGUAGUAAGUUCAAAUUUCGCCUAAGUUAAAGGAUUCAGCUUGACCGCUGUGAUAGUUUUUGAUAAUUUACAAGUGAGUACUUACGUGUGACACGCGUUCGGAUCGAUCGAAGCGUUGCAGGAACUCAAUUUGCGCCUUGCACAUUUGCGAAGUUUUCGUACAGAUUCUGUCAGUUGUCAAUAAUUUCUAUUUGCACCUUUAUGCCAGUUGCACCCUAAUGACGUGGCGCCUGCAAUAAUAUAGUUUGGCAGGCAAUUUCCGUCAGUAGAAAAAGGCGG